AUGAUGAAAAAGAAAAUUCUAGCUGAUCCUCGUCUAACAGUUUUCAUCACUCAUGGUGGACUAGGCAGCACUACCGAGCUGGCUCAUUUGGGUAAACCAGCCAUCCUUAUGCCCGUCUUUGCUGAUCAGACCAGGAACGCCCACAUGCUGGCUAAACAUGGUGGAGGUAUCGUUCUAACAAAGUUUGCCUUGGAAGAUCCACAGAUCAUCCGAGAUUCUCUGAAAAAGAUCUUUAACGAUGCCAGCUAUUCUCGAAAUGCCAAACGACUGUCAGAGAUGCUUUUGAAUCAGCCGAUCAGCGCCGAGCAGCUCCUCAUCAAACACUGCGAAUUUGCUGCCAAGUGA